AUGUGCCAAGGGUUCUCUACACAAAUUGAACGAAUAGCAUGCGCUAUAGGAACUACAGACGCUGAGACAUCUCGUCGCGCCGCUCUUUGCAAGCGAUUUGAAGAACUUUUGAAGCGCUAUAUACUAAGCCCUAUCGUAGUGCAAUUUGGUUCAGCAAUCACCGGUGUUGGCACAAACGACUCAGACAUGGAUCUAUGCCUCUUGUUCACAGCAAACGAAAAUUCCCUUAUGUGCGAGUUUGUUCGUGAUGCCAAUGAGCUUUUAUCAUGUCCUGCUGAGAACUUUCGGGAAAAUCUUAUCCAUCCCGAUGAGUUGAGCGCACUUUCUAGGCGAGACCAAACUGAGGUGUUAUUUCGCAUUCUAAAGGAAAUGAGAAGAGAAAAGUGUGGCUUUUUCAAGAGCUUAUAUGUAGUUGCGGAUGCACGUUGCCCAGUGAUACGAUUUCGGGCAUAUGACACACAUCUCGUGGAAUUAUCUGUAGACAACAGCAUAGGAUAUCAGAAGUCUGCAUAUUUGGGAGCAUUGGUCCAAGGUGAUCAGUCUGGACUACUUCGCAAAAUAAUCCUCAGCUUACGUCUUUGGGCAAUGUCUAAUGGAGUGUUCAGUUCGGAAAAGAAGAAGGAAUAUGCUAAUGCCAUCAGAGUCGAUUUUGUCAUUCCUCCGUUUACUCUUGCAGAAGUUGACUUACGAAAUCUCUUCAAGAAAUUUUUUGUAUCUUGCGUGGAAAAUCAGCUAGAUAAAUUGGUUUUCUCACCGAGAAGAGGAGCUCUGAUACCGUUGGCUGAGCUGAAAGAGCAAAUGAAUUCCAAGCCAAUAUCCGUGCUCUUCGUGCAGGAUCCGAUAGAGCUGACCGAUAAUGUAGCAAAGAAUGUGACUAGCAAAGCCCUAAGGACCAUGAGG